AUGGACAUAGUGGGCAAAUGCCAUAUGUAGGCGAUCCAUAAUAGCAACUUGUGCAUUAAUCGAAGUUUGGACCUAUGCAAUAUAUGCAGGAAGGAUAACAUUUUGGAUAUGAUAUAUAAAAGUUUCUAAAUGAAACUUAUCCUUCAAUAGAGUUAGAGACUUAUAAUUGAGUUUAUCCCCAAACAGGGUCUGCUAUUGUAAAAUUGAC